GGGAGUUGCAACAGCAAUAACUCAGUGGCCGAAUCGGGCCUUUUCGGUCGGGCUGACCCGUGGGUCAUCGUGCAGCUACUCUCAGUAAACCUCAGUCAUAUUUCCCUAAUUCUCGCUGCUCGAGCCGAACGUGCAUUUCCGCGCUUCUUUUCUUCACCUUGAUGUGGCAAAACCUACGCAUUCCGUGGAUCACCUCGCCGGUACUGCCUCUAAUAUGUUGGCCAGAGAGGGGUCUGCGCGAGCGGAGCCUAUGUCUCGGCCUGUCUUCCCGUAUUGGAGGGCGAGUGGGCCUUCGAGCUCGUCAAUGGAGUUCGGUGCCGAGACGGGGUACGGAUUUGGUGGCAUUUGGUAGCAAAGACGAGGGGCAGGAUGAGAAGCAGGAGUGGAUUCAUUUCGUUGGUAUUGGCGGCGCCGGCUUAUCGGCACUUGCAAUGCUUGCUCUCAAACAAGGUUUUGAGGUUAGUGGCUCAGACAUUAUGUGGAGUAGCUAUAUGGAUAAUUUGCAUAAUUCUGGAGCAAGACUUUUUAUCGGACACUCCAUGUCAAAUAUUGAAAAGAACGAUGGAUUAAGUCUGCCUAAUGCAAUUGUUAUUUCAAGUGCUAUACCUGCAGAUAAUGAGGAGAUUGCACAUGCUAUGUCAGUUGGAGUUCCAAUAUAUAAGCGGGAUCAUUGGUUGAGAAGAAUUACAGAGAAAUACAAUCUUAUUGCUAUUAGCGGAACCCAUGGAAAAAGCACCACUGCAGCAAUGCUUUCAUAUGUCAUGCAUGCCAUGGGGGACAAUCUUGUUGCAGUUAUAGGAGCAAAUGUGCCACAAUUUUCAGGAAGUAUUAUUCCAGGGAAAGGUCCAAACUUUGUGCUAGAGGCUGAUGAGUACGAUAACUGUUUUCUUGGACUAUCACCUUAUAUUGCUGUGGUGACUAAUGUAGAAUUGGACCAUGUUGACAUCUUCCAGGACGAGGAGGCUGUGUUAAAGUCAUUCAAGAAAUUUGUUAAGCAAGUCAAGGCUGGUGGACACCUCAUAUUCUGUGGGGAUAGUGCAGGUGCUUGUGCAUUGCUUAGUGAGCAGAGGCAGGAAGCUGUUGCAAGCAAUUGUACAUCAGCAAUUUCGGCAAUGUCUAGGCAUGGAUGCACUGUAACAACUUAUGGACUUUCUACAGAUAAUGAUUGGUCUGCAUCCUCUAUUACUCCAAAUUUACUUGGUGGGCAAGAUUAUAUGUUGUGUUACAAGAAACGCAAAAUUGCAAGGAUCAGCCUACUACUACCAGGGGUUUAUAAUGUUCUGAAUUCUUUAGCGGUUAUUGCUACUAUGGUAACGUUGGUCAAUGGUAAAAAUUCCAUCCAUGAAGCAAUCUGCUUUGUGAGAAACCACUUGAGUAAAUUCGAAGGUGUUUCUCGACGAUUUGAGUUGAUUGGUAAGACAAAUGGAUGCCAGAUAUAUGAUGAUUAUGCUCAUCAUCCAACGGAAGUUCGUGCUGUCCUCCAAGCGGCUCGGGAAAAAUUCCUAAAGCAAGCAAUAUGGGUUGUUUUUCAACCACACACAUUCAGCCGUCUGUCUGCUUUCAUGGACGAUUAUUCAACAGCCUUCAAAGAUGCUGAUCAUGUUGUCAUAACUAAGGUUUACGGUGCUAGAGAAAGAAAUAUUUGGAAUACCGACGGAGAGGCCCUGGCAAAUGUGAUAGGAGGUAGAUCAACUGAAUACAUACAUGAGCUGGAUGAUGUGGUCGAAAAAUUAGCCCUUGCAAUAUCAUCAUAUGAAGAUCGAGAAAUAAUUGUCUUUACACUGGGUGCAGGUACUUUAAUAAAAAACAUGGUAGAAUUCUAUCGUAAUAUUACUCAAUUUUUUUCUAGUUCAUGACAUUUUCAUUGCCUGCUUUUAUGAGGUGAUAUCACAUCCGUUGGACCACUACUUCUUAGAAGAUUGGAAAGAGUUAAAGGAAUCUAACGAAGUUCUUGUAUGAAGGCUUCAAUCCAAUUCUUUUCCUUUGUUUUCAUUGCGUCUAUGUGUUCCACACAUUUUAAUUGGUCAUGUAAAGAUUGUAAAUACAUUUUGGCAUGGUAAUUUAACUCUCGGUGGACACAUUUCUCCAUCCUUGGAGGAAAGACAGAUCUACGUAAAAUUCUUUUGUCAAUCUAUUUUAUACCAAUCUUUUGAGCAUGAGAUAAUUGAAGUUGACCAACAAACAGCAGUCACCUCGGUGCCCUAAAGUGAUAUAAAUCCACUCCAAGGGCUAUUAGACUGUAAUACUUCAAUUUUGUUUCCCUUCAGGAGGCUAUUCUCUAUGGUUAUUUUUCGAGAAUGUUCAAGGGUUGUGGCAGCCCGGCAUGACCUCAGUUCGGUUUCCAUCAAGAAAGGAAAACCUCGACCUGGGCAUCCUGUGGUAAUGUGAAUAGACACUACUGGUUUGUUUCUAAGUCUUAUCCUUCUUUUUGUUUUUUUUGCAGGUUGUGUAAUCCUCUUUCCUAAGGAAGUAUACUCUAUACCCCUCGAUGAAGAGCCGAGCAUUUUCCCAAGGAAGUAUACUCUAUACCCCUCAAUGAAGAGCCCAAGCAUGUUAUUCAAUCCAACUACAGAAGAUGUGAAAAAGGAAGACUGCAAGCAGCUUGGAAAAAGGUUAUAUUCAUUUUACUAGGUCAGUAUUAAAAGUCUUAAAUUGUUAAAAUCAUUUAAGUUUCAGGAAAUAACAUGAGAGAGCCAUUUGAUACUUUAGAAGUAGAUCCACUGGGAUACCUGCAGUCUCUACCAAAAGAUUUGUCCAUAGCCUAACAGUGUUGGAUUUAGGCCACCAUCAGCCUUAAGGUUAGCUCAAGGGCAUCUGACAUGCUGGUGGAAACACCUUGUCGGGAAUGGUUGAAGUCUAGCACAGUGGUAGGGAUAAGUUGCAAGUGUCAAUGGCCCCCUCACAGGGUUAGAAUCUUUUAUAAUCUUUGAUACUCUAGUGAAUGAGAGGGAAAAGAAUGAUGAUACCCAAAGGAGGAUGAAAACUUAAGAACUCUUCAUU